AUGGACCCAAUCCGAGAUCCAAGCAUCUACCUCCGGCUGCCUGCUGGUGCCUUAUCUCGUCAAUAUGCCAUUCCCGCCGACCCAGGGUCCUUCCGACGUGACCGACAUAGCGCUCCUCAAUUGUCCUAUUCCGAGCAUGAAGUCCUGCGCCUGCGGAAGACACCACACGGCAGACUCCUCGAACAGGAGACUGCUGCUCUUGACAAAAACGUCCAACUCCCUGCCUCGAAACAUGUCCUUUUAUCCUCAUCCCCUGACUUUCGACAAACCGGCAUGGCCUACGACCCACAAUGGUCCGGUAUGAACCUGCCACUCCAGCCAAACAACAUCGGUGGCUUAGAUAUUGCAAGAGAUGCCAGAUAUUCUCAACCCUAUGCCGCCUCAAAACCAUAUCCAUAUCGAAUUGCUUGGGAUUUCCCAGGUGGCUUGGAUUCUAUGCUAAAUCAGACUCUCCCCCUACAGCCAACUCAGAGAUACUUCCUUCAGCAUGGCUCCAAUAUACCCACCGUACUGCCUGCCACAAUGCAUUCUCAGUUUGGGCCUACCGCUUCGGCCGGCCAGGAAUUGUAUGGACCGUAUUGGCCUGAUGGCACUUUCAAUCCUUAUCGACCAGCUGCUAUACGAGAUAGCCGUUUCUUCCCACGAGCCCCAACAGAACGCUUUCCACUCGACCAUAUACAGCAACCUCAAAUCUUGCGCCGAUCAGGUCGACUUCCUGAUCUGCAAAAUGCAUCCUAUCUCCCGAGCCUCCCACCACACGUCAUGAACACUGCCAUGCCACCGAUGGAGCCGCCAGCGUCCAAGUGGCACAUGCACCAGAAUCCAUACUCACCACCACAGUACCCGUACGAUCAUUACCCAACAGCCGAUCUCUCUAUUUCCGGUCUCAUGUCAGUACCCAGAACGUCGUCAACUUCACUUCUACCUGGUCCGGGUUCGGAUCGUAUCGCCUUCAGGGAUAAGUCAUUUGCCUGGGCUAAUCGUAUUUAUACCGACCUUCUUGAGACCAUCAGAUGCAAUACGAAGAACAUGCGCACAAAUGGUGGUAAUUUUACUCCAGGGUCGACAAAUAAAAUGCCAAUAUUUCCUAAGCCGCCCCAGCGCACUGGUUCCCAUUUUCAGGGCCUCUCGAAUAGCAAAAUACACCGAUCUUCUGAGACAUCCAAGCCAUUACUUCGCAACGCGAGCGAUACAAACGCAUUGGACAUAUCUUCUCGACCUCAAACAGCCAUACUCAGACCUCAAGCAACUGGUUCAUUCAACAAUUCAUUCCCUCCACACAAUUGCCUUGAUGCUAAUCGCUUCCCUUCCGCACAAUAUGAAGGGAAAGAUAGGAUCCCAGAAACCCGAAAGCCUCACACAUCUAUCUUAGGUCCUCAGAGGCGGCCACCAACCUUUGACGAGGCAACUAGCGCAAUGAGAACCAUGGAAUUGUUGUGUCAGGAGGCAGAUGUCCCAUGGGUAGACGGCAUGCUCCUCGCCGGCUGUCUCGCUUAUGGUCUCGGGAAUUUUGCCAAAGCCGAGGAAUGGUAUUUGGCAGUCUUGCAGCAAGAUAAUGCUCACGUUGAGGCUAUGUCAAAUCUUGCUGCAACCUAUCAUGCUCUUCAUCGCCAGGAAGAUGCGUUAAAUUAUUGGUUUGACGCGGUCAAAUUGCGCCCGAGCUACUUCGAGGCUGUAGAACAUCUCAUUGGGCUGUUGUGUGCUACUCAUCGAGCGCGAGAGGCUGUCCAGGUUAUUGAAUAUGUGGAGAGCACGCUGAAGAUCAAACACGACGAUGUCCAUAAUUCGUGGGGUGAGUUAAGCGAUGGGGAAAGUGAUACUAGGAGUCAUUCGUCAAGCAUUGCCACUGCAGCCUCGUAUGACAUUGGGCACUACGAUUUCGACCUCGACCUCAAAAGCGUCAGCACUGGCCCCCCGUCGGAAACUCAGGCUCCAGGGUAUGGCUCAAGCGGCUAUGCCAUAGCCGGUCAAGAUAACGGACGCAUGUUGGCUUUGAUACACGCCAAAGGUAACAUGCUCUACGCUCUUGGUAGCAACAAAAAUGCUGCGUCUGCGUUCGAGGAUGCCAUCCUUGUCUCAACUGGCCAGCGCAGGCAGGGUAUUCGCGGUUUGAUCAAUGACAUACUGAAAGCUUGUUUGUGCACGAUACGAGACCCAGAGUACGUUCGCACCAAGCUUGAGGGCAAGGAUCCCAUUCUACUUGCGCCUGAACAUGCGGAGGCUACGGCAAAGCACAUGUUCCCUCCGAAUGGUAGCCUCCCUGGUUUAGAACAUGUGGUUCCACCUUUCGCCGUACAGGCUGCAAUCUCUACCACAAGUAACUCGUUGCUAUCCCUUGCCAAGAUCUACCAGGAUGGAAUGUCCAAUGCUACGGACAUUGGGAGCCUCAAGUCUCCCAGCACCCGAGAAAUACUUGCACUGUAUUAUCUAUCACUGUCUCUACAACGAAGCCCAUCCACUGCCAACAAUGUUGGCAUCUUGCUUGCAGGUGUGCAGCAUACUGUCCAUCAAGCACACCUCGACGAUUCAAAUUUUGCACAAAUAUCCAACAUACCAGGAGUGGUUGCUGGAAGCGGGAUUUCACUUGCCUUGAUGUACUACAAUUACGGAUUGAACAUCGACCAGAAGCAUGCACACUUAUACACAAACCUAGGAAGUCUUCUUAAAGACAUCGGUCAGUUGAAUGCCGCAAUCAAGAUGUACGAACGGGCUGUAAGCUGUGAUGGCAAUUUUGACAUCGCUUUGGCGAACCUUGCAAAUGCUGUAAAGGACCAGGGACGAAUUGCCGAGGCUAUCAGAUAUUACCAAAGGGCAGUCAAAUCGAAUCCAGAUUUCGCAGAGGCUGUUUGUGGGCUCGCAACAGCUCUCAACUCGGUCUGUAAUUGGCAUGGUCGUGGUGGUGUCCGCGCGAGCGAUCUGGGACGCGACCGUCUGCACGUGGAUGAGAACGGUAUGAAGCAUGAACCGACCAGAUCUUAUGGAUGGAUCAGUCGUGUUGUUGACAUUGUGGGGAAACAACUCCGCGAUGGAGAAAGUUGGGGUUGCGGGACAUUGAAUUCCCCAGUCAUUGACACUUUGUGUCAACAGCUAGUGCUUCACAAACAGUCAUCACGACCCGGUGAUCGAGUUCAACUCUACCAAACUCUUCAGCAGUCGCUGCAAUACUGGUUUGGGAAGAAAUGGGAGGGCUCACGAAUUGUCAGACUCGUUGAAAGAGCGAUUCGUCAGAUUGGCUGGCAGUGGUAUCAAGACCGCUACAAACACCACAAAGAGUAUCCUGCUCGAACUUAUGCACGACCAUACCUACCGAGUUCGCUCUCCGCACCUUCGGCACCGACUGUCCUUCCAUUCCAUACAUUCACGGCACCGCUAUCAGCAAAGCAGAUUCGACAAAUCUCUCAACGCAACGCUCUGCGCAUCUCGGUCUGUACUUUACGGUCAGCCUGGCUCCCCAAGACUGUUUUUCCUCCGCCGCCUCCACCAAGACCGUAUCUCAAUGUUGGGUAUGUCAGUUCAGACUUCAACAACCACCCUUUGGCCCACUUGAUGCAGUCUGUGUUCGGCUUGCACGAUAGGACCCGGGUUCGAGCAAUAUGCUACGCGACAACUGCGUCCGAUGGCUCAAUACAUCGACAGCAAAUUCAAAGCGAGGCACCGGUCUUCUACGAUGCGUCCUCUUGGAGUGUUGAGCGUCUUGUAAACCAGAUUGUGAGUGACGAAGUCCAUAUUCUUGUCAACCUGAAUGGAUAUACCAGGGGCGCUCGGAAUGAAGUUUUCGCUGCUCGUCCGGCCCCUAUCCAUAUGUCCUUUAUGGGCUUUGCUGGCACACUGGGAGCAGAAUGGUGUGAUUAUGUGUUCGCCGACACGAUUUCUGUACCUCCAUCCACGCUCUCCCCAUGGAGACGUAAUGUGGAGAUUGAGGAUCGCUUACGAGCCGACAGUCUCGUUGAGGAUGUUGAGGAUUGGGUUUACUCCGAAAACAUCAUCUUUGCCCGCGACACUUUCUUCUGCGUGGAUCACAAGCAGAGUGCUCCUGAUGCAGAGCGUGGCCCGCCAAAUCUCAAAGACCCGACCUCGAGAGAAGAAGCAUGGGAGGAAGAACAAGCAGCCCGGUGGAAAUUGAGGAAGGAGCUCUUUCCUACCCUUUCGGAGUCGGCUGUGAUCCUGGGCAAUUUCAACCAGCUUUACAAGAUCGACCCUUCCACAUUUGCCAUGUAUCUCGAGAUCCUAAAGAGAGUGCCCAAUGCUAUCCUAUGGCUCUUGCGAUUCCCCGAUCUUGGCGAACAGAAUCUCCUACAGUAUGCAAGAGAAUGGGCAGACAAUGAAGUUGCUACAAGAAUCAUCUUUACCGAUGUUGCAGCAAAAGGCGCUCAUAUUACUCGGGCCUCUGUUGUGGAUUUAUUUCUCGAUACUCCGGAGUGCAACGCGCAUACCACGGCUGCUGACGUUGUAUGGUCAGGAACGCCGAUUGUGACAUGGGGGAAAUGGAAGUACAAAAUGUGCAGUCGUAUGGCAGGAAGCAUUGUUGCCAGUGCCCUCCCUGAAGGACGGGCUGGCACUGAAGCUCGGGCAGACCUUCUUGUCAAAAGUGAGAAACAGUACAUCGACACAGCGGUUGAUCUUGCACGGGGAUUACGAUACCCCAACGCUGGAGCCCCUGGGAACAAGCCAGGUAGUGGAAAAGGAAGACUUAUGGAUCUUCGGCGCAUGUUAUGGGAAGGCCGAUGGAGCAGUCGCUUGUUCGACACAAAAAGAUGGGUCAGGGAUGUUGAACGGGCGUACUGGUCUGCAUGGGAAAACUGGGAAAAGGGCGAGGGAGGCGACAUAUGGCUGUGA